AUGAAAAUAAAAGUGGACAUUACAAGCAAGUGUUUACUGUUUACCGCUGGCUAUCAGGGAGCGGGCGCGUGGCUUAUUUUCCGCGCGAAGACUACAAGAGCCAUAGUAAAUAAUCAGCUCGCAUGGCCCAGUAGACACGGCGAGACCCUGGCCAUCUGGACAAUGCUUUUCGUGGUUGACGUCAUCGGAUGCGACUUGAUGCCUUCUCUUUUCGUUCUCAUAAAGUUCUUGCGAGAUUUGAUGAAGAUCUUACGAGACAUAUCCGCAUCACGUAAUAUACGACUCUCAACGUUUCCCAAACUCAUAAAACGCGUUGCAAGGGGAAAUUCGGACAACUCUGAGACCUUUGUGGCGUUUAAUAGUUGGUCACAGAAAGCAGAGACACUAUUCGACUUCUCUGGCCGGAGGCAGAGGGAACUCGUUACGCUAAGUGUCCCCAAGAGUAGAGAUUACACGAAUUUCAUCCUAGAUCUAUGGCGCUUAAUCGUGGUGUCCUGCUUCCUGCUUGGCGAUCCUUCGACGCAGUCCAGUCCCACUAACGUCGGCGAUGACUCCAGACUCCUUCCCGUUUCAGUGUCACAAGAGUGGCCUUUGGAAACGAUGCUGAAGGUAACCGCGAAGAAAGAACUGCGGGAAUUCGUCAUGAAUUUCCUUCUGGAUGAGAGGAUGUGCUCCUCCAAGGCGCUCUUCGAGGUGGUCGUCGGAGAGGAUAGCACAGACCUAGCUGGAUAUCAGUGGUGGAGCAGACAGUGUGGUUCCAAGAAAGACUUCGCGCUCCUCGGGUUUCCAGACUUCACUGACAUCACGUGGGCCAGGGAGCGGCGCGAUGCCAAUAAGGGAGGCGCCAAGCGAUACUAUGGAUUGUCCUCAAAAGAAUGGAGGAAACUUGAAAAACUUAUCAAGAAAAUGUGCUGCAAAGCCGUGAAGACGAUGGUGGAACUGCCGACGGAGGGCGACUCGAGAGUGCAGUUGAAGCCCUCCUGCGUCGCCGUCAGGAGGUGCUCAGGCUGCUGUGAUUCCCGGCUGUUCGAGUGCCGCCCGACCGAGAUCUCUGUGAAGACGGUCAUUGCUUUGGGGGUUCGGAAAAACGCGAGAAAAGUUCGAGUCGACGACACAAAGCCUGCGAGUGUUCGUGCAGAGUAA